AUGAUUUUAUCCGACGACUGUGCCAAUGUCUCCGACUGGAGAGUUUUUGCAAUUGUUUCUAUACUGGCUGUUAUACUAUCCAUCGCUACAUUCUGUCUGGAGACGGUGUAUACUAAUGACGAUUCCACUAAACCGGUGAAGUCCCUAUUCUAUUUGGAAGGAUUAUGCGUCCUGUGGUUCGUGUUUGAGUUGACAAUCCGCUUUAUCUUCUGUCCAAGUAAAAAGAAAUUUUUCGUAAACGCGUUUCAUAUCAUUGAUUUUAUUGCUUGUAUUCCAUUUUUAGUCGACUGUAUUGUUCUCUUUGCUAACUCGAGUAAUCAAGGUUCGUUGGGUGAAUUCUUUGGGUUCUUGCGCAUUGUCCGAAUAUUCCGCGUUUUCAAGCUGACAAGACAUUUUAGCGGGUUGCAAAUUUUGUUGCAGACAAUUCGCUCCAGUGCUAAGGAGCUCAUGUUGCUUAGUAUGUUUUUAGGAAUCGGUGUACUAACAUUUGGAAGCCUUUUGUAUUAUGCUGAAAAAAUUGAUGUCAAUGCAGACGAAAGUGGAUGUCAGCGUAUAAGUAACAUACCCGUAGGAUUUUGGUGGGCAGUCGUUACCAUGACAACGGUCGGCUAUGGUGAUGUAUGCCCGUUGACACCGAUUGGAAAAUUCAUCGGCUCCAUCACAGGUGUGUUCGGAGUUCUUAUGAUCGCGCUACCUGUACCGGUUAUUGUGAACAACUUUGCUCUGUAUUACUCCCACGCACAGGCGCGACUGAAGCUGCCAAAGAAACGAAAACGCGUGCUCGUUGGGGCACCCGAUGUUCUGAAGACACACAUGCUUCAUAACAUGUCGUCGAGCAUAAGUGGUUACUCGACGCAAUCUACAAACGAUAUUGAAUGCGAAAACUCUAGCGUACACAGUGAACCCAACGAAGGAAACACAAUAAAAACAG